UCGGCGGAGAAACUUGUUCUAAUAGUUUCUCUCAAUGGAUUGACACAAUAGGUUACCACGUUAUUUUAAUAUUUAUUUAAAGUAUUCUAUAUAUGAUUAUGAAGGAAAAUAUAGUAAAUCUAAAAAAAAAAAUGGAACAUAUUUAUACGUUUCGCAUAGAGGUGACAAUAUUUUAAUCAAAAUAACUUGAAAAGGUAUAUUGUGUCUAGUGUACCAAUGGCAGAACCGGAAGCGGAUCCAGAGAGCGAAGUAGAACCAGAGUCAGAAAGUGAGGCAGAACCGGAAGCAACAGGCAGUGCAUCCACUGAGCCAGAACCAUACUGGCCUUUAGCAUUUCAACAAUGGGGAUCGGCAUGGCAUUUACACACAUAUUCAGUUGCGUGCAUUUUUAUGUUUAUAGCCAUUCUUGCAGCAAUGAGUAUGGUUGUCUAUCUAAAGAACAAACAGGUGCUCAAACAAGUAACCUUGACAUUUACUUUGCAGUGCUUGUUGCUGUAUUUCACUUUACUUCGAUCAUUGGUAAUGUUUAUCAACCCUUACCAAACAGCGGACAAAAUUAACGACAUAGUGUUCCGCAUGAUGUGGUCAUUUUCUUUACCAGGACUCACAGCAGCUUUCAGUGUGUUAUUGUUAGUUUUCUUGGACACAACUAAAAUGACAUUAGGACCUCCAGUAUUUCAAAAAUUGUCAGUGCUGUUGAUAUUCACCGCUUGCCAUUUUGUCAUCGUCGUAUCUGCUGACAUCAUUUGUGCUCUCGUCAAGAGUUCAUGUGCACCCAUGCUGAUGUUCUGUCAAGCUCUGUUUAUACUCUACGGGACCUUGUUGGCAGCCGGCUACGCCUAUACGGCGAUAAGUCUUCACAGAAAGUGUGUCACCGGCGUCAUAAGCGCUGAAGAAAACAGAAAAAUCAUUCGUCUCAUAAAAAUCUCAGGAUUUGCAUCAUGCAUCGCUUUAUCUAUUGCCGUGACACACCUUUAUGCGGCUUGCAGCGAAUUCGGAAUUUAUAGUGACGUCAUCUACGUAAACGCUUGGGAUUGGUGGAUCCUACAGUCAGUUCUUAGAUUUGAAGAAAUUACGUCAUCUUGCCUUAUCCUUGUGAUAGCCUACCGAAAUCCAUUUGCUGAAAACGGCAGAAUAAGAAACUGGAUAGUAAAAUCAAUUAACAGAAAAACAAACCCCUUGCCGCAAACAGAUGUUACCCAAAUAGAUAAUACUCAAGUAACAUAAUUGUAAAUGAGCAGUGUGCAUGCAUAAUGUUAAAUGGUAUAUUGAGGACAGAUCGUUAUUUCUACAACUAGAAAUUGAUGGCAAUCAAUAUGCAUAAUUGCUAUCAGUCAAUUUAGAGGACAGUCAAUAUAUGCACUGGGCGGAGGACAAUAAGUGUGCACAAUAUUACCAUAUUAAAAGCACCAUGCUGUUAACUAACACAUAUCUAAACAAAGAGAAUAAAAAAAUAAAAUAUUAAGCAUUUA